CCGGUCUUCCCGUGUGCCACGCGCACCGUAGCGCGUUCCUUUUCACCCGCGUGCUUGUGUGUCCGCACAGAGGGGAUCCAGCCGGAGAGAGAAAUGCCGUCAAAAAUCAUAUUUGAAACCGAGGAAGAAGCCAUGAACGGAGAUGCGGACACCGCCGCGGAGACUAAACCGCAGAAGAAAAUCAAGAACAAGACCAAGGAGGACAAGCAAUUGAAAAAGAAAAAGAAGCUGGAGGAGGCUCAGGAGGAGGAGCCAGACUGUGACCCUCCUGCCCCAAAGAAGAAAAAAAAAGACAAGCUUACUUUGGACCAAGUGGACUGCCACACCGAUGGAUCCAUGGACAUGAAUGGCAAUCUUAAUGGUGUUAAAACACCUCAGCAGAAGAGCAAGAAGAACACAGAAUCAGAUACAGAGAAGAAAAAGAAGAAGCAAAAGAAGGCAGUCCCUGAGGCAGCAACCAACAGUGUUAUGUCUCAGGCUAAUGGACAUUCCAGCCCAAACACCCCCAGCCAGACGCCUGUCCAGACGCCAUCCCAGUCCAGCGAUGACUCUGCCAGUGACAGCGAAAAAGAAACAGAGACUCCCGAGCAGAGGGAAGGAGCCUUUUCCAACUUCAGGAUCUCCCAAGGCACCAUCGAGCGGCUGAAAGCUCGGGGAGUCUCCUACCUGUUUGAUAUUCAGGUGAAGACGUUUAAUCCUGUGUAUGAUGGAAAGGACGUUGUCGGCCAAGCAAGAACAGGAACAGGAAAGACUUUCUCCUUCGCCAUCCCGUUGGUGGAGAAGCUUCAGGGCGAUACAGGGGAACGGAGCAGAGGACGAGCUCCCAAGGUUCUGGUGUUGGCUCCAACCAGAGAGUUAGCGAUCCAGGUUGCUAAGGACUUCAAAGACAUCUCCAAGAGGCUGUCAAUUUCCUGUUUCUAUGGAGGCAGCUCAUACAAUCCACAGAUCGAUGCUAUUCGCAAUGGCAUUGAUAUCUUGGUUGGAACCCCUGGCCGUAUCAAAGACCACCUCCAGAACAAUAAGCUGGACCUCUCGAAACUCAAACAUGUUGUUCUGGAUGAAGUAGACCAAAUGCUGGACAUGGGAUUCGCAGAGCAGGUUGAAGAAAUAUUGUCUGCAUCAUAUAAGAAAGACUCAGAGUCCAACCCACAGACAUUACUGUUUUCCGCCACCUGCCCACCCUGGGUCUAUGACGUCGCCAAGAAGUACAUGAGAAAAGAGUACCAACAUGUUGACCUGAUUGGCAAGAAAACCCAGAAAGCUGCAACAACUGUAGAGCAUUUGGCUAUAGCGUGCCAUUGGUCCCAGCGUGCUGCGGUGAUAGGUGACGUGAUCCAGGUGUACAGCGGUAGCCACGGCAGAAGCAUAGUGUUCUGUGAAACCAAGAAAGAGGCUAACGAACUCUCCAUGAAUGCAUCCAUCAAACAGGGUGCCCAGUCCCUCCAUGGUGACAUCCCCCAGAAGCAGAGAGAGUUGACGCUGAAGGGCUUCAGGAAUGGGUCCUUUGAGGUUCUGGUGGCCACCAACGUAGCAGCCCGUGGGUUAGAUAUCCCUGAAGUUGAUCUGGUGGUUCAGUGCUCUCCACCCAAGGAUGUGGAGUCAUACAUCCACCGCUCAGGACGUACAGGCCGAGCAGGCAGGACUGGAGUUUGUAUCUGUUUCUACCAAAGAAAAGAAGAGGAGCAGCUGCGCUACGUAGAAAACAAAGCUGGCAUCACAUUCAAGCGGGUCGGUGUUCCCACUGCCAAUGACAUCAUCAAGUCUUCCAGCAAGGAUGCUGUCAGGUUCCUGGACUCUGUUCCUGUCACAGCCAUCGGGUAUUUCAGAGCGUCGGCUGAGAAGCUGAUCGAGGAGAGAGGAGCAGUUGAUGCCCUGGCUGCUGCCUUGGCCCAUAUUUCUGGAGCCACUAGCUUGGAACAGAGGUCACUGCUCAACUCAGAUGCUGGUUAUACCACUCUGCAGUUGGUGUGCUCUCAAGAGAUGCAUAACCUGGGCUACGCCUGGAGGACCAUCAAAGACCAGCUAGGAGAGGACAUGGAGAACCACAUCCACAGAAUGACCUUCCUCAAGGGCAAAACAGGAGUUUGUUUCGACGUCCCAGCUGACAAAGUCAAGCACAUUCAGGAAACCUGGAAGGAUGGUCGGCGUUGGCAACUAACUGUUGCUACAGAGCUCCCGGAGUUGGAGGAGAAGCAGUUCAGCAACCGCGGUGACAAAGGCUUUGGCAGUGGUAACCGUGGUGACAGACGAGGAGGCUUCAGAGGUGGAAGGGGGCGAAAUUUUGGAGGAAACGGCGGUCGAGGAAAUGGGUUCCGCAACAGCAGUGGUGGCUAUAACAACAACAACAACAACAGAGGAGGACAGAAACGCAGCUUCAGCCAAGCGUUUGAUUAUUGAAAACCUCAGCUCUGGACUCUUGUGACUGGCUGUCACUCCUCUGGACUGGCAGGGAGUUUUAUCCAUUAACUUCACAAUGUGUUUAAAAAAAAAAAAAAAAAAAAAAGUCUGUUAUCUAAACAUUCUGACCCAAGUCUGACA